AUGGCGUUCCCCCAGUCACGGCUCAGAGCUAUCCCUACAAAGUCGCGUGUCUUCAUUGUGACCGACAUUGCAAAUGAGCCCGACGACUCAGAAUCUCUUGUCCGCUACCUCCUCUACUCGAACGAGUUCGAUACCUGCGGCCUCGUCGCCUGCACGUCUACACACAUAAAGCGCCGCGUAUGUCCGGAGGAGAUAGUCAACAUCGUCAACGCAUACGGAGAGGUGGUUGACAAGCUCAACGUUCAUGUCCACCCCGACAAUCCCUACCCGACUGCCCAGAGCCUGCGUGACCUUGUCAGAGCUGGACCUGCUCUGUACGGCAAGGAAGCACUUAAAUCUGGCGUCCCUCUCAGUCCUGGUGCCGAGCUCCUAGUCCAGCAACUCGAAAAGUCGACAGAUCCAUUAUGGGUGUGCUGCUGGGGAGGUACCAAUGUGUUGGCCCAGGCACUUCAACAUAUUCACCAAAAGCAUAUGGCUUCUGAAGCCAAGGAGAUCCGAUCCAGGCUUCGUGUCUACACCAUCUCAGACCAGGACGAUACAGGUCUGUGGAUGAGGGUCACAUGGCCCGACAUCUUCUACAUCUGCUCUGUUCACGGAUGGAGCCAAUACCACAGCGCCGCCUGGAUCGGAAUCUCUGGUAAUAUUGACGGCGGAUCCGAUAUGUCCCUCGUCGCCAAGGAGUGGUACUCGAAACACAUCCAGGUCGGCCCCCUGGGGAAGGCCUACCCUGAUCAUAAAUUCAUUGUGGAAGGUGACACACCGACCUUCCUCUAUCUCAUUCCCAACGGGCUUGGCUCCUCAGAACAUCCCGAAUGGGGCAGUUGGGGGGGUCGUUACAUCCCCACCGACAGGGGGUUGGCAGCUCGGCACUACGGUGAUGCGACGGACAAGGCGGUGGGCAAGGAUGGCAGAUUCUACUCGAGCAACUACGCCACCAUCUGGCGCUGGAGGGAGGCAUACCAACACGAUUUUGCGGGCCGCAUCCAGUGGACGCUCACCGAUGACUUUACAAAGGCCAACCACGCGCCGGUUGUGAGCGUGAACGGGUCUACUGGUCCGGAGCCUCUGACCGUGGAGGUCGAGGCCGGUAGCGAGGUCGUCCUCGACGCAUCAGAGACCUAUGACCCGGACGGCGACGAGCUGACCUUCUCGUGGUUUCAAUAUCGGGAGGUGACUUCUGCUUUGCUAGAACUGCACGACCAGAUGGUUGCCACACCCGAGCUAACAGAUCUGGACGAGAAGAUCCCGCAUAGACAAAUCAAGCUCAAGGUGCCGCCGGCCGACAAGUGUGCCGUGGAUUUCUACAGUGGGAAACCUGUCGAGAAGGGUCAGGAACUGCAUUACAUUCUGACCGUCAAGGACAAUGGAACGCCAGCUAUGCUGACAUACAAGCGCGUCAUAGUCCGCAUCACCAACCCCAAGCUCCUAGGUGGAAGUAGUAAAUCAUUUACUACGACAACAGACUGGCUAGAGGCGCAUGGCUUUAUAUAA